AUGGUGUCCUCCCCUAUUAAGUCAUUCGAGAACGUAGGAACUUGCUUCAUUGCAGUAUUCGAAGCCCAAUACGUAUCUAAGCCCCUAUCUCUACGUUCAGGCGACUUUUUUGUGCGAUCAGCAAAAUGGAUUCCGUCCGGCGGUGCCGGCCUAGUGUCCGGAAGAGGUAACUUCAGACCUGGUUUCACUGGACGCGACUGGAGAAGUGCCAUAGCUGAACCCAACUUCAGAAAGAGAUCAGUGGAGUCCUGGUACAGCGACGAGUACUAA